UUCUGGUGUAAAUUAAGUAAGAGCGCCUGGGAAAAUUCCACCUGGUUCACCACAGACAACAACAGCACCAGACACCCUUCUGAAAUGGAUUCCUUCCUGUCGCUGGGUUCUCCUCUGAAGCAGUUCACCAGAUGCGUGUCGGGGAAAAGCACCACCACCAAGAGAGGGGACAAGAGGAGCCAGUCUGUCCGCAGAAGCAGCUUCACCCGCAGGAAGAGCAUCAGCAGGAGGAGAAGCCUCCCCUGCAGCAGCCAGAAAGUGCCAGACUCGUGGCUCAGAAUAUACCAGGCUGAACUGAAGAGAGAAAGGAAACGACAGCAAGCCAUGCUGGCCAAGAAGAACGCAGAGAGGUCAGUUGGAAAAACUCACUUCAGGAGCCACCACUGCCUCCCGAGGCAUACCACCCCUGCCAGAAAACCAGCCCCAGUGAAGGACGAUUCCUUCUUUGGAGCCUUCCAAGGCCUCAGUCUGGACGGACUGAUGGGAGGAAGUAGUGAAUCUCCUGCCGUUGCUGCCCCUGCUGGUGUUGUUGGAGAUCAGUGCAAAGUCAUGUGAAACCUAACUCUUCAAAGGACUGUGUAAAUUAUCCCCAUGUGCAAGAGACUUGAAGGACAAAGGUCUCAUGGAGGACAGGUGAAACUGAGGCUCACACCUCCAAACCUAAGAAAAGGUGGAAGGAUAAUUAGAUUAGUCUUCAUUUUGUUUUAGAUAAGUUAAUAUUGUUUGUUUUUCAUUCUUUGGAUGUGUUUUGCAGAUUAUACUCUUUAUCAGUCUUUCUUUGAUUUCUGUACCCACUUUUCUGCUAGAUGAGCAGAACUGUUUUUGUGAAAUAUUAAGAUAAAACUGAGCAAAUCUGAACACAUCCUUGAAUGACAUAAAAUGUAAUCAUCUGAUUCACACUCCUGGACUGGUUUCGUGUUGUAGAAUCAUUUGAAGUUUAAGGCAGAUAAAAGGAUUUUUAUUUUAUCUUUUCAAAUCUACAUAAAUAGGAAUUUACAUGUAGCAAACACCAGUCAGGUGUUUGGUUGUUUUAUUCACAGUAUUUUAACAACUACAUUUAAGGCAUACAGGACUAACAUAGAGGAAAUCGAGCAACUAAAUGCAAAAUCUGCAUUUGUACCACAGACUUAAUAUAUUUCUGUGGACAGUCUAGAAAUAUUGUCUUCUUGUCCUCUGAUCUGGCAGCAAAUCCACUCAGUAUUUUAUUUGCCGG